AUGGCGCUACUACAACGAGCAAUUUUAGCCUACGUUUGCGUCCUGGCUUUCCUGAUUUUGGUCGCAGUUCGGCUGGAUCAGAGACUGGAGUGGAAUUGGUUCCUGGUUUUCAUCCCCCUGUGGCUGUUUGACUUCGUCGUGCUGGUCCUGCUAGUCAUUAAAAUGAUCAGCCAUUGCCGGUUUGGCUAUGACCAGAGCGACAUGUCGUUGUCCAUGAUCAACAAAGUGUGGUUCGUCGGCGUGACAGUGCUGACGUUGACCUUCCAGAUAAUGCUGUGCGUCCGGCUACAGGCGAGGCAGAACUCCCUGAAGUCAUGGGUCAACGUGGUCAACCUAUUGUAUGACAAUGCCGGUUAG